GGCGCCAUGAGUGCGCUGCGGCGCUUGGGCCGGCUCGCCCGGCGGCUCCGUGGCUGGGAAGACGACUGCCGCCGGAGAGACACCCACUCCUCGGCCGAGGAGCAGUUGGAAACAAAAUCAGAAACAAAGCUUCAAAAGAAAAUAUGCCAAGUUGUUCUCAGUCAUUUUGAGAAACAAUACUCCAAAGAGUUGGGAGAAGUGUGGAACUCAAUCAGUCAAGUGCUUUCAACACCUCAAUGCUGGCAGUAUGCUGUCCUCCUUAAUAAAUUCAGUUUUUCCUCUGAAGUGGAGAAUGACUUGCACUUAAAGGGCUAUCGCCUCCUUUUCCCGGAAACUUCGUCCUGUUUUCGCCAGUCACUCAAGUGUUACAUCAGUAGCAGUCCUGGAAGAUUCCCUGCUCAGAAACACAGAGCUGGUAAACUGAAAGAAUAUUACCUGCUGAAUGCAGCGUCAGUUCUGGCUGUGCUGGCCCUGGAAGUUGAGAAUGGAGAGAAGGUUUUAGAUAUGUGCGCUGCUCCAGGGGGUAAAUCGAUAGCGACGCUUCAGUAUGCUUGGCCAGGGCUUCUGCACUGCAAUGAGUAUGACCGUUUGAGAUCACGCUGGCUGAAGCAGACACUGGAAUCCUUCAUCCCAGAAUCUUUGAUGAGCCUCAUUACUGUUUCACAGUUGGAUGGAAGGCAAAUUGGAAAUCUUCAGCCUGAAGGCUUCGAUAAGGUGCUCGUGGAUGCUCCAUGCUCAAAUGACAGAAGUUGGUUAUUCUCUUCCGAUACCCAGCAGGCUACCCUGCGAUUAGCACAAAGGAAGGCAUUAUCUGCUAUACAGAUACAGCUGCUAAAGUCUGCAAUUAAAGCCUUGCGUCCUGGAGGAUCUCUGGUUUAUUCCACAUGCACUCUUUCUAAGGCGGAGAAUAGUGAUGUCAUAACACACAUCCUCAACUCCUGCAGCAAUGUUUGUCCGGUGGAUAUGAGCGCCCUGGCCAGUUCUGCAUCUCAGGAAUUCACUCUUGCUUCUGGUGUCCAGCAGCAUGAACUUCUAGUACUUCCUGAAAGGGGGAAAGCUUGGGGACCAAUGUAUGUAUCUAAAUUAAAGAAAAUGUGAUUGAUA